AUGGCGGAUCAGGACGUUUCCACUUCGGACAUCUUCUCCAGCGAAAGCCCAAUCGUCGAAGAUGUGAUACCGCCCUUUUUCAACACCACAUUCUCAACACAUCGGGUAUCGCCACUUUUCAUUGGAGCACAGGCUCUGGACCAGGCUCGGCUUGAUGUACUUGCCCAUCGUUUGCGAGACACCCUUGUCGGAGACGUUGUUCGCGGCAUUCAAAUCGGUUUGGAGUCUCUUGAAACGCCCGUAGGACAGGUCGGCCCGCUGCGUUAUGUGAAAUUUCGCUGGUUCUCGCCCCAAGAUGUACUCGGCGACCGAGAGGUUCUUGACGACGCUCCUGACCGCGCGAGAGGUGAGACUGGCGAUGGCUCAGACAAGGGCCUCUGGGUAGAAAUUCGGCACGAGAACGCGGCCUACGUCGCUCUCCUGCUGCCUGGAUACACGACCCUCCACCAAAACACUUCAGCUAGACCGUCAGACUGGGCCAUGCGCCCGGGAAGGACGGCAACGGACAACAGCUUGGAUGAAACGAGGUUUCUUCAUUUACCUCUACUGUUGCUACGCAUGCCGCAGCCACUUAAGCAUGUGAUUGGCGACUGGCUAUCCACGACAUUUGAUUGCCGCGUCAGCAAGCUCUCUCUAGGCACAAAAACGCUCGUCAACGUCUGGGAGGGGUGGAUUGAGACUAUGGGCUUGUCUAACAAGGGGCCAGAUUUUGUCGUCACGCUGGCCUUCAACGCACCCCUUCGCGAUGGCGAGGGCGCCCUGAACUCUGACUCGGAUUCGGACGCAGAGGAGACCAUGGAACCGGGCCUGCGGAGCAUGAGCGUCGCGGUGCCGCCUCAAGAUCUCCGCCGCUUCCUGCGCACAGGCGAAAGGCUGCGGCCGGAGAAUAGCAGCACGCCUCACCUGUGGGAAAAGGAUGCCCGUGAACGCCGGCGCCUCGCCGGAGGCAACAUGGAUGACGGCUGGUCCUGGAGGACCGCCACCAGCACCGGCGACCAGCCAUUCACGACGGCGUUGGGUCGGUAUCUGCAGCACCACUUGGCGCUGAACAUGUUUCACCCCAGCGUGCGAGUUAUUCAGAUAUCGUGUGGCGGAUUUGUGCUCGCGCAGUCGCGGCUCAAAAUUCUACGUCGCGGGGAUCUGACCGACGACUUGUCCCGCGCAGCAUGGAUGUUUGCGACGCAGCUCGGUGGAAGAAUACGAGGAGACGAGCUGCCGUCUGUGAUUCCAGCGGGUAUGCCCUGA